AUGCCAUUCUGUUUCUUUCUAUCUCUCGCUCUAUCUAUCUAUCUAUCUAUCUAUCUAUCUAUCUAUCUAUCUGAUUGUUUAAUCUACACCGCUCUCUCCUCAAAAUCAUAUCUACCUUAUUCUGUUCAUAUCCAUUUCUUCGAUAAUACCAAAUGCUUUGUGCUUGAUCUUGGUUUUUACUUCCCCGCAUCAAUCUGUUUCCCUUCCCUGUCUCUCUCUCUCUCUCUCUCUCGAUCUCACUCUCUAUCUCUGUCUAUCCUAACAUAUCUAUCUAUCUAUCUAUCUAUCUAUCUAUCUAUCUAUCUAUCUAUCUAUCCUAGGCUUCUGUUCAUAUCUAUCUAUCUAUCUAUCUAUCUAUCUAUCUAUCUAUCUAUCUAUCUAUCUAUCUAUCUAUCUAUUUGUUUGUCUAUCUGUCUAUCCCAUCAUAUAUUCUAUCUAUCCUUUGUUCAUAUCUAUCUAUCUAUCUAUCUAUCUAUCUAUCUAUCUAUCUAUCUAUCGAUCUCAGAAUAUAUUCUAUCUAUCCUAGUCUGUUCAUAUAUUCUAUCUAUCCUAGUCUGUUCAUAUCUAUCUAUCUAUCUAUCUAUCUAUCUAUCUAUCUAUCUAUCUAUCUAUCUAUGCACAAAAUAUCCCAUUUAA